GGCGCCAAAAUCCAAAAAGCUUCUCCGCUGGCGAGGAAGCGAAUGAAAACAAAGGGGCGGCGGUGUCAAAAGUCAAAGAAGUGGUUAUUAUUUGGCUUUGGUGUGCGAUAAUUUGACACUCUUAAAUGAAAAUGGACCCAACAGGGCGCUUUUUUACCAAGCUGAGGAAGCUAGCGGGAACUUUGGAGACAGAAACUGCCAGGCUUCAGCUCGCCUUUGAGAACCGCAGGAGCGAUGACAGCGAUGAAAACGCCGACAGAGCCAUGCGAGCCUAUCACGAAAUGAACUGUGAAGUCAGGGAGCUGAAGGUGCAGUUCCAGGAUGAGCUGGCCCAACAGAGAGCAAAGGAGGAUGAGGUGAGCUCCUUCAUAAAAGCCUGCAGGGUGAUGGAGCAAAGGGUGACUGAUGACAUCCAGAGGCUGAGAGGACACUGGCAAAAAUAUGGCUACCAGCCUCCCCAAGACAGCCACGUAGCAACAAAGGUCAAAGGAGAUGAAGGAGCAGAGGACGGGGAGGAGGCUGAUCCAGCAGGAGGAGAUGAGGGGAAGCAGGGGGAAGCUGGAGCAGACUUCCCUCUUUUGUCACCCCCGAACGUGGGACCAGUGCCCUCCACAGACCUGCUGCGAACCCCACAGCUCUCUGAUUACGGCCUGUCGGAGUUUCAGCUCAAGAGAGUGCUUGGCGGAGCAGAGCUGUACUCUGAAACUCCCUCCAUGCCGGAGAUGAGCCUCCCUCAUCCGUUGCUAUGUAUGCCCAUGGUGCCACCCACGCCUGUAACACCCAAGUGCAUGUUGCGCAUGGAUGAGGAGGACGAGCUGCACACGCCCCAGAUGCGUGACUUUGGGAUAUCUGAACACACCAUGUGUUUCAACAACGAUUUCACCAUGGAUCUGCAUCGCAAAAACAUAGAAAAGAUCGAAAGACCAAAACAAAACCUGCCUUUGCCACCUGAGAACUCUGGGAUGGAGAGCGUGCAGACACGAGCAGACAGCAUGGAGUCACCUGAGCCACCUGUGUUUUGCACUGCAGGGUUUAAGAUCCCCAAGUCAAAUGCUCGCUCCUCUCCUCCUCCACCAGGGGGUGGUGAUGCACACCACGCCAGCCUGCCCACCACCCCUGAGCUCCCAGCUUUUCAAACACAGUACAUGAAGACACUGCUCAGCACCAGGAAGGGUGCCAGAGUGCUGGAGCCUACUGAAACACGAACUGAUGAUGAAAACCAGAUCCCUGAUCUCCCAUCACCCUGUAAUCAAGCAGCCAGCUCCAAACAGACCUGGGAAUACGACGUACCAGAGACAUCGAUCAGUGGUGUCGAGGACAUGCAGAUACCAGAGAUGCCAAACCUGGAGUCAGUUUUGGGACGCUCUUUGCAAAAUAGGGCUUCAGGAGUGACUAAGAACCUUACUGGGUGUAAAAUGGAGGGUAUGGAGCCCUCUGUUCCCAGCAUGGAGCUCGAUGGACCCACACAGGAGUUCAGCUUGGGGACGCCCCGGGUCAGAGGGCACUACCAAGAACCCAGCACCCCAGAGAUGCCAGAACUCAGCUCUGUUACACAGGACAUCUGUAAACUUCUGUCCCAGACUCAGCCGAAAAAGGACAGUGUGAAAGUGGUGCAGCCUCAUUCCAGGCCAACAGGCAAAGAAAACAGAGCCCUGAGUCUGUCUGUGGUGUCGGAGAGUGAGUUCCACAGUUUACCCACCUACCUGAGGCAGAUGACUCUGUCCAGCCUCAACCAGGCCAUCCACAACAUCAACAGCGCCAUCACAGACAAGUGCCAUGGAGAAAAGGCAGAGUUUCAGAUGGAUGAGCUGAGGAAGAUCACCGGUGUGGGAAUCACGGCUCCGAUAUACUUCCUCUGUCUGACGGAGCUCAAGAGACUGGAGCUCGUUCAUGGUGUGGGGAUCAGCUCGGUGUACAAAGUGAUCUCACGCAUCUGACCAUCACCUGGACAGUCGGGACUCAAACUAAUCACUUCAGCUUGGCCUGCCAGUACCUGUUCUUACCCUGACUCCCAAAAACCUGCUUGGACCUUUAACAUAGAUUAAGAAGCACUCGGGAUUAUAAAACCUCACUGAAAGGAAUCAGCUUUUAUAUGCAUGAUGACUUUUAACCUCAGAGUUGUAAAUAGCUGUAAUACACGACUAGUCAGUGAUAUGCACUUAAGCAGUUUUAUACUUUACAUGUAACCUGUCUUGUGUAGCAUAACAUAUGAUUACAUACAUUUCUGACAUGA